AUGGCCCUCAUGCUUGCUUUGGUCCUCAGUCUUCUCCGGCUGGUGUCAGGUCAGUGGCAGGUGAUUGGGCUGGACAGGCCUGCACAGGCCUUAGUGGGGGAGGACGUGCUGUUCUCCUGCUUCCUCUCCCCGGAGACAAAUGCAGAGGCCAUGGAAGUGCGGUUCUUCAAGAAUAAGCUCUAUGCUGUAGUCCACCAAUACAGGGAUGGGAAAGAUCAGGAACAUAUGAAGAUGCCAGACUACAGAGGGAGAACUGUGUUUUUCAAGGACUUCCUUGCCAAAGGGCAUGUCUCCCUGAGACUGCAGAAAGUCACCCCCUUGGACGCUGGCCUGUAUGGGUGCUGGUUCAGAUCUCAGACUUACGAACAAGAAGCCAUCUGGGAGCUGCAGGUGUUAGAGAUGGGCUCAACUCCUCUCAUUUCCAUCAAGGGCUUUGUUGAUGGAGGCAUCCGGCUACACUGCCAGUCCUCUUUCCAGCCCUCAUCUUGGCGCCUGCCUUCUAUUUUACUCAUAUUCCUCGUCUUUGGCCUAUGUGCUGCUUUCAUUGGGCUGAGGAUUUCUUUCUCCAAAUCUCAGGGGAAAAUCCAGACAAAAGUGCGAGAACUCAGAGAAAGCCUGGACUAUGAAGGCAUGGACAGACAGGCAGAAUGGAGAGAGGCCCGGAAACAUGCAGUGGAGGUGACUCUGGACAUGGACACGGCUCACCCUCAGCUCUACAUUUCUGAUAUGAAAGCCAUAUCCUGCAGGAGUCAUCCCCAGGAAGUGCCCGACUCGGAAAAGAGAUUUAAGAGGAAGUGUGUUGUGGCUUCUCAGGGUUUCCGGCAAGGGAAACAUUACUGGGAAGUAGAUGUGGGAUUCCAUAAAAGAUGGUACUUGGGAGUGUGCCGGGACGAUGUGGAAAGGAAAGUGUGUAUAAGUUUGUGUCCCACAAAUGGGUACUGGGUCUUUGGACAGUGGGGACACCAACAGUAUUUCACAUUUAAUCCCUCAAAAUUCAGCCUCUUCCUAAGAACUCCCCCUACACGAGUUGGCAUCUUCCUGGACUAUGAAGAUGGGGCCAUCUCCUUCUUUAAUAUAAAUGACCAGUCCCUCAUUUAUAAGAUGGAGCAUCAGUUUGAAGGUGUGCUGCGGCCCUUCUUCGAGAUUUAUGAGGGGGAAACUGUAAAUCCCAUAUAUAUCUGUCCAGUGUCCCUGAGAUGA